GGCGAUCAAUUUAUCAAGAUUUCUCUGACCAAAAGAUGAUCUCUUUAGGGUUGUGGCAUCUGCUCCAAAUUCUUAUAUGCAUUCUGCUUCUGACUCCAUCAUUUGCUGAGAAUGAUCCAAAGACUUACAUCGUCUACAUGGGUGAUAAGCCGAAGGACGUGGAAUCUAUAGAAUCUCUUCACACUAGUAUGGUUCAAGACGUCCUCGGCAGCAACUUUGCACCAGAUGCUCUUCUUUAUAGCUACAAAAAGAGUUUUAAUGGAUUUGUUGCGAGGCUAACAAAAGAAGAAGCGGAGAGAAUGAAAGAAAUGGAUGGUGUAGUCUCAGUUUUACCUAACAGAAACAACAAGCUCGAAACAACAAGGUCUUGGGACUUCCUAGCCUUUCCCCUACAAGUUAAUAGAACAAAUGCAGAAGGAGACAUAAUCGUUGGAGUAAUUGAUUCUGGAAUUUGGCCUGAUUCUUAUAGCUUUAGUGGAGGAGGAUUCGGUCCCCUGCCAUCAAAAUGGAAGGGCACUUGCAAGAACUUUACUUGCAACAACAAAAUAAUUGGAGCAAAAUAUUUUCGCAUAAACGGAUAUUUUGGAAACGAUGAUAUUAUAUCUCCAAAGGAUACAAAUGGGCAUGGAUCUCAUUGCGCAUCAACUGCUGCUGGAAACGCAGUUAGCUCUGCAAGUUUAUUUGGAAUAGGGUCAGGAACAGCAAGAGGAGGAGUUCCGUCAGCACGUAUUGCUGUAUAUAAAGUAUGUUGGCAAGUGGGUUGUAGAGAUGCUGAUAUCCUUGCCGCAUAUGAUGAAGCAAUUGCAGAUGGUGUUGACAUACUUUCCCUUUCAUUGGGACCUUCAAGUGUGAUAUACCCAAACUAUUUUGAGGACACAUUUGCAAUAGGAGCUUUCCAUGCAAUGAAGAAGGGCAUAUUAGUGUCUAAAACUGCUGGCAAUUUGGGUCCAAAUGCAUACACAAUCUCAAAUACUGCACCCUGGUUCAUUUCUGUAGGAGCCAGCACUAUUGAUAGAAAGUUUUUGACCAAGGUCCAGUUAGGCAAUGGCGCAAUCUAUGAGGGAGUUUCAAUAAAUACAUUUGAUGUCGGAAAUACAAAAUAUCCAUUAAUAUACGGAGGAGAUGCACCCAACGUUGGAUAUAGUAACACCACAUCCAGGUCUUGCUCGCAAAAUUCUUUGAACAAAGCUUUGGUGAAGGGAAAAAUCGUUUUGUGUGAAACCUAUCGAAAUCCUAAAAAUGUGGAUCAUGCUUCUGGGGCUGCUGGUUUUAUAUUUGGAACUAGCAGCCCAAAAGAUGUGGCAAAUGUAUUUACGGUGCCAGCAGUUCACCUUGACCUAAACGAUGGGAGACUCGUAUAUUCUUAUCUAAAGUCAACGGGAAAUCCAACAGCUUCUAUAUUUAAGAGUACCGAAGGCAAAGAUUCAUCGGCCCCAUACAUACCUUACUUCUCAUCUAGAGGUCCAAAUAAAGUCACUCCAGAUAUUCUUAAGCCUGAUAUAGCUGCCCCAGGAGUUAACAUUCUAGCUGCAUGGCCUCCAAUUGCUCCUGUUUCUGGUGUUCCAGGAGAUAGUAGAGUAGCAAAUUACAACUUCUUGUCUGGCACUUCAAUGGCAUGCCCUCAUGUUACUGGAGCAGCUGCCUAUGUCAAAUCCUUUCAUCCUGAUUGGACUCCUGCAAUGAUUAAAUCCGCACUAAUGACAACUGCCACCGCUAUGAGUUCUACACGUAAUGAAGAUGCCGAGUUUGCUUAUGGUGCGGGGCAAAUCAAUCUCAUCAAGGCAACAAGUCCCGGAUUAGUCUAUGAUGCUACUGAAAUUGAUUAUGUUAAGUUUUUGUGUGGCCAAGGUUAUGACACAAGAAAGCUACAACUUGUUACCGGAGAUAAUAGCACUUGUACGCAAGCAAAUAAUGGAACUGUUUGGGAGCUUAAUCUUCCUUCUUUUGCUCAUUCCGUGGUUCGCUCAAAGAGUACUAGUGUCGUUUUCUACAGAACUGUCACAAAUGUUGGAUCGGCAACAUCUACAUAUAAAGCUACAAUAACAGCAUAUCCAGCAUCAUUAAAAAUCACAGUUACACCAGAUGUUUUGCAGUUCUCAUCUUUGGGUGAGAAAAAGUCAUUCAAACUUCAGAUCGAAGGGAGCAUUACUACAAAUAUUGUUUCUUCUUCUUUGAUUUGGGAUGACCACACUUAUCAAGUAAGGAGUCCCGUUGUGGUCUAUGUUCCCCCAUAAGUUCUCUACUAUUAACUUUGCCAAUGCAUAAAUAAGCCACAUGAUUGGCAAUGAUUAUGCUAUUUCUUAGCUUUCUUUUUGUCCUUCCUAAUCAAUUUUUACUGAAUAAAUAUUUUG